UACAGCCCGAGGACCGAGAGAAGAUUAUCGCACCAUGAAGGCCUUUGGGGUUGCGUUUACUGCAUUCGCGGCAAUGGCGGCUGCUGCGAAUCAUAAACUGCCGAGAGAGAUCGGUGAUUAUUGCGAUGCGCCAGAGGGGACCGGAACAUGCCAAAAGACCUCGAACUGCGCUGGCAUUGCCUACCCCGACGGCUACUGCCCAAAUGAUCCCGUAGACGUCCAAUGCUGCGUCCCGAAGAAAUGUUCCGCACCAUACGCCACCUCCCUCUGUCGACACACGCACCAAGGCUGUAGCGCUGGCUCCUUCGUUCCCGGCCACUGCCCCGGGGACUCCACCAUCCAAUGCUGCGUCAAGUCCGCUGGCGCCGACCCACCCUCGUGCUCGAACCCCGCCGAGAACACAUGCACGUUCUACCCCAACUGCCUUGAGAAGACCAUGCAAUGCGGACCAGACGGCUAUCCGAUUGGUUAUGGGUUGAAGUACUGCACCAAGUUCACCGACGCGGCGCCGAAGUUCAGCGCGAUUGGGCAGGCGUGGAUUACGAAGACGAUGCUGUGUCUGCAGCGGAAUCUUGUGCCGUAUGCCACGGGCGAGAAGUCGACGACGUGCUCUGCUCUUAAGGAGUUCGCGUUCGGAACGCAUCCAGGGUGCUAUGUCAGUUCGGGGGUUUGCGCGCUGCCGCCGAGUGACUGGCAGGUCAUUAUCGAGACGGUGAGCUUGAAGGAGCUGUUUGGCAGCGUCGAUGCGUUGAAGGCGACAUUGGAGACUGCAGGCGAUUGUGUGGAGUUUUAUAAGUGGUUGAUCAAGAAGGGGAUCAUUAAGUUGGUUGAUGAGGUGAAGGACGCGGCGAAGAAGAUCUGGGACAAGGUUACCGAUUGGUUUUAGAGUUGACAGGAGGAGUAGCUGGGGUAUUGCCUAAGGACGACCCCAGAGUUAUGACUUAAUCUGAGGUCGCCGAUAUCCAUGCAAUGGAAGCUUAUAGUUAGUCUUCUGAACGAUCACCUGGCGGACUAGAAACGAUCGUACGGGCGAGGAAGUU